AUGGCACAAAAAUCGCACACAGUUUCGUUCGUUUCUCUCACUAAUUGUUUUAUAAAUCUUCCUUUAGAAUUGUGCAAUUUCUUUCACAACCAAGACCAACCUCCACAAAAUGUUGUACUUGAGUUAACUUGGACAGAUACAGUAGAAAAAACUCAACGUAAAGCUUACGUUGGUUGGACUGGUGGUGCGUCGAAAAAUAGCUUUAGGCAACCGAAUUUAUUAGAAAUUGACCCUCAAUUUGCUAAUGCGUUAAAGAUAGCUGAAGGUCAACAAGUCUUUAUAAAUCUUUGCAAUCAAGCACCUUUUGCUAAUUCAGUUUCAGUCGAGCCGGUUAGCGUAGAUGAUUGGGAAAUUGUGGAAUCAAGGCCACAGUAUCUAGAAGAACAUAUUAUUAGGCAAUUACGAGUUGUGUAUAUUAAUGAAAUUGUGACCCUUUGGAUAGAAACGACACUUGUUCGUCUAAAAAUCGUGGAAAUCCAACCAAAAUCUGUUGGAACUUUUGCGAGACUUAAUGGAGAAUCAGAAAUUUUCGUUGCUCCUAAGCCACGAUUAAUAACGAAUGGAUUUACAAAGCCAGAAUUUAAAGAUUUACAAACGGGAGAAGAAAAAAUUUCUCACGUAUAUGGUUUACGUGUUUUACCAAUAGAAUAUUUACCAUCAGGACAACUUCAAGCAUCAGGAACAAAUUUUUGCACAGUUUACGUCAAUUCUACAGAUUAUCUAAAUUUGGGAUUUUCGACCAAUAAGAUCACACGGUUAUCCAAAGUUCAAUUUCCACCCCCGGCAAAAGAUUCUCCACAUCAAAAUAAAGAAUCUGAAGAGAGGACAGAUAGUGAAAAUGGAAAUAACGGGCCUCUGGUAAUUUAUGCGAAAAUUAUACAAAGCGAGGCUGUUGUGGCUGGUCAUGUUGUUGUUAGCGAAUCUAUUAGAGAAAUCUUGGAAGCAGAGCAUUUCUCGAUAAUUCGACUAGCUCAGCCAAAAAUAAAUCCGGUUGCAAUCUCAAGUCUCACUCUCUGUGCAAUUUUAUCUACAAAUCAAACGGCGCCGUUAAAAUUAGUUCCAAAUCAAAGUGCGGGAGUGACAGCUGAAAAAACAGCCUUUUCGUCUUCUUUGACCAGUGCUUUUAAAGAUUGGGCAAAAGAAUUACCCCAAAAUUCUGAUAUUGUGCUUACAAAUGGGAUGCGAAUACUAUUACCUUUGCCCCAAGGAAAUACCAAUGUUGUGGUAUUCUUUGGGCCAAAAAAAGCGAAUAUUCAGCAUGAAACCCGUAAUGCAAAGUCAGAUUUACACGAUCUUUAUGUAAUUGGUGAUAAAAACCAGUUGUUAAAAGUGAAGAUAGAAGUUGGAGAUAAUAUAACACCUGAUUCGAAAUCUAUAAAGCAACCUAUCACGAUUUCUCCGCCGCCAGUACUUGCCGGUGUAUCCGAUUUAACACAGAGGCUGCGUGAUUAUUUACGAUCAAACCUUGCACGUGUUCCUUUACGCGCAGCUUUGGGGGUUCCUGUAUUGGGAGGACUUUUAUUCUGUGGUGGACAUGGAUCCGGUAAGACUAGCAUUUCAAAAGCUGUUGCUCAUGACUUGAGUCGCGAUAAAGAUACUUUAGCAUAUACCUUGGUGAUAAAGUGCACCGAUGCCGCUGAAGAUCGCGUAUCUACUAUACGUGAAAAAGUACAACAAUGGUUUGAUGAUGCUGCAUGGCAUGCACCAAGUAUAAUUCUAUUUGAUGAUCUUGAUAGGCUUAUACCUGCUGAAGUCGAACACAUGGACUCUUUUCGUUUCCGUCAGCUCGCCGAAAUUUUCUUCCAAAUUGCCAAUAAAAUGCAAAAAAGACAUCGAAUUGCCAUUUUAGCUACAGCACAGCAACAAGCUUCUGUUCAUUCGUUUCUCACCACAAGCCAUCUACUAAGUGAAAUUGCUCAUUUGAAUCCGCCGACUAAAAUUCUGGGGGCACUAAUGUCAUCUGGUCCUACAUUAGCCAAAAACAGUGUUUCCAAAAUUGAUUUACUUUCUAUUGCUAGCAAUUGCGAAGGUUAUUUGGCUGCUGACCUUAAGGCACUUGUAGAACGUGCUAUUCACGAGGGUGCAGUAAGACAAAUGAAAGAAAAAUCAAUUGAAUUUAUUGAUGAGGAUGAUUUUCGGAGAGCUCAGAAAGAUUUUGUCCCAUUUUCACUUCGAGGCGUUAAACUUCAAUCCUCAGAUGUUAGUUGGUCAGAUAUAGGAGGUCUUGAAGUAACUCGAAAAGUUCUACUAGAGACUCUAGAAUGGCCAACUAAAUAUGCACCAAUUUUUGCAAAUUGCCCGCUUCGAUUAAGAUCUGGAUUGCUUCUAUAUGGAUUUCCUGGCUGUGGAAAAACUUUAUUAGCUUCUGCAGUAGCGAAAGAAUGUGGCCUGAAUUUUAUUAGUGUAAAAGGUCCAGAACUUUUGAAUAAAUAUAUUGGUGCAAGUGAAAAAUCUGUACGGGAUCUUUUUGAAAGAGCCCAGGCAGCCAAACCUUGUGUAUUAUUCUUUGAUGAGUUCGAUUCAAUUGCACCUAAAAGAGGUCACGAUAGUACUGGUGUGACGGAUCGUGUUGUAAACCAAAUGCUUACACAAAUGGAUGGAGCCGAAGGGCUGGACGGGUUAUUUCUUAGUCGACCUGACCUUAUUGAUCCUGCUUUGCUGCGUCCAGGACGUCUCGAUAAAUCUCUCUUUUGUAAUAUGCCUUCAUUAGAAGAAAGAAUUCAGAUACUAAAAGCGUUAUCACGAAAAAUGCAUUUGAGUGAAGAUGUUGACUUGGAAGUAUUUGCCAAAAAGACCCAAGGAUAUUCUGGUGCAGAUUUGCAAGCAGUAUUGUCUAAUGCACAUUUAGAAGCUAUUCACGAGACAAUUGAUUCCGAAAAGAACACUCAAAAGAAUAAUACAUCGAAUUCGGAUACUAGUGAUUUGAAAUUCACAAUGUUUCAAGCCAACACAAAAACUUCGAAACCAUCUUUGACAUUAGCAGAGAAAUCACUUAUUUCUCAAAGACUGGCUUUAAUUCGAAAAGGAUUCGGUCCAAAAAUACAAAAAGACAAAAUAGAGACUAGAGUAGAAGAAAAGAAACUAUCUUUUAUAAAGAAUCAACACCUAGAAAAUUCACUGGGAAAUACGCGUCCUUCGAUAACUCCAGAAGAAUUUAGAAGAUUAGCAGAGAUAUAUAAUGAAUUUAUCACCGGACGGAAUGGUGAGAUGCCAAGUGGAAUAUCAAGCCACGAGAUUGGACAGCGAUCUACACUUUGCUAA